ACUCAAACCGACGAAAAGAGUGGCCUUUUGCGUGUCCGACAGCCUCGAGCCCAAGUAGCUGUCCGAGUUGUUGGUUUGCCCGUCCAGGCACAGAGCCUUACGAGAGAGAGAGAGAGGGUAUGGGUGGAGGAGGGAGGAGGAGAACGUUGGUGGGGUUGGCUUUGGCAAUGUUUUUGGGAAUUGCAGUUUACUUUAGGCUUUGGAGCAUCGAUUAUUCUAUUUCUUCCGAUGACAAUGAACUCUUAAGGAGACAGUUCGAUCUUGCUAGCAAGGAAGCAAUGGAUGAAUCUGCUGAAUGGAGGCUUAAAUAUGACGAACAAGCAGAGAGCGCUAACAAGUGUGUGAAGGAGCUUCAAGAGAUUAAGGAGUCUUUCGAAAACAAGGCGGAAGAUGCUGUUAACAUUAACGAGAAAUGGGCAAUGCUACAAAAGGAAAAUACGGCCUUGCUCGAAAGGGUGGAAACCUUGAGACAGGAGCUUGAGGAUGUAAAGUUAAAGUGCAACUUGCAUAAGAUUUCUUGAUCACCAAUAAUUUGAUAUUGGGAAGACAACUCUUCAUAUCAAGCUUUGCCUUCAUGUCUCAUUAGCAUGUCUCUGAGGGAAGCAGUGUUUCCUGAGGAAAAUUUUCCAAGUGACUUUGCAGCUUUCUUCUCAGUUAAUCAACCGUGGGAAAUAUAUCUAUAUAUUUUAUGAGAUACAUGGUUCCUUUUGAGCCAUCGUGUAGAAUGCUUAGGACAGUGAGUUUUUCCACUAGGAGGUGCUUAAAGAAUGGCGACUCUGUUCUUCUCAUCUUUUCAACUUCUUAAUUGCUGAGGGGGAGGUCUGGUUGGUCUAAGAAUACCUGUCUUACCAAUGUAACUUUCUCUUUAGUCUUUUAGGAGAGGAAAUCUCUUGUCAAUAGGGUUUCUUGAAAUUUAGGCGGAGAUUUAUUUGGUUGCAAAAGAUUAAAUUUUAUAUAAUUGUCUUCUUGCUGUAAUCUCUCUUGUUCCAAACAAAUGUCGCCCGUUAAGCUGAAACUCCUCUACAGAGAAGUGCUAAUGAUCACCAUUAAAUUUGGGAUUUUAAAA